AUGCGAAUCUGGUUAUGCUGCGUUCUUCUUUUGUUACAAGUGGUUCCUGGAAACUGCGCAGGCGGUGAAAGUUACCAGACAAGUUAUAGUCAAGGUUCCUCCCAAAGUUACAGUCAAGGAAGUUCUGGUCAAGGUUACGGUCAAGGAGGUUCUGGGCAAGGCUCCAGCCGAGGUUAUGGGCCGUACGGUUACGGAUGCGGAUGUUCUAGUUACCACAGAUACAUGCCAGCACCAGCACCAGCACCAGCUCCAAGUCCACAGCCAGUAUCAGUGCCAGUUCCAAGUAUACAGCCAGUAGCAGUGCCAGUUCCAAGUAUACAGCCACUGGCAGUGCCAGUUCCAGUACUGCAACCCGUUUCAGUAGAGCAGUUCGUUCCGGUACCAGUUGCUCGUUUCCGCUAUGAAGUAUUGAGGCCGUGGAUGGUGUUUGGCACAGGCUGGUUCUCUUCAAGUGAGUUCGUUUCCGAUUGGUAA